AUGCCACGCUUGAACCCACCCAACCCACUACAAGCGCCGACGAAGAUCCCAUCUCCCUCGCUGUUAUCGCUAUCGCUACUGCACCUCUACUUAAUCGACCGCCUCGAACUUCCCUCGUUUGCUCUCCACUUCACCAAAACGGCGUCACCAGCUCCCGCCCCCGAUCAGUCUGGCCCGUCGUCCCCUCUGCGCAUCGCCAGCCAACUUACGACCGCGUCGGCCAUUCUCUGGGACCCCAACUUCACUUCACGAGCGCCCCCGGGCAGCCUCCAGCCGACGCACGCGGGCACUCUCGCUGUUCCCAACCGCACCGACUCGUCCAUCAGCGUCCGCAACCUAGGCGACGGCCAUAUCGUGCCCAUCGCGCCCACCAUGGACAACCGCAGGCACCCUAGCUCCUUCCAGCAGCUGGAGAAGCUGGGCGAAGGAACAUAUGCUACUGUGUUCAAGGGCCGCAAUCGGCAGACGGGUGAACUCGUGGCCCUCAAGGAAAUACACCUCGACUCUGAGGAAGGUACCCCCUCUACUGCGAUCCGCGAAAUCUCCUUGAUGAAAGAGCUCCGCCACGAGAACAUUGUCCUGCUGCACGAUGUCAUACACACGGAGAACAAGCUUAUGCUAGUCUUUGAGUUCAUGGACAAGGACCUUAAGAGGUACAUGGACUCGCGCGGCGACCGAGGAGCGCUGGACCCUGUGACUAUCAAGUCCUUCAUGUACCAGCUCCUCAAGGGAAUCGCCUUCUGCCAUGAAGCCCGCGUCCUGCACCGGGAUCUAAAGCCCCAGAACCUACUCAUCAAUAACCGGGGACAACUGAAGCUUGCUGACUUCGGCCUGGCCCGCGCGUUCGGCAUCCCAGUUAAUACCUUCUCCAACGAAGUCGUGACCCUAUGGUACCGCGCCCCCGACGUCCUGCUCGGCAGUCGAACGUACAACACAAGCAUUGACAUCUGGUCGGCGGGCUGCAUCAUGGCUGAGAUGUACACUGGGCGACCACUCUUUCCAGGAACCACCAACGAGGAUCAAGUGCAGAAAAUCUUUAGACUAAUGGGAACUCCAUCCGAGCGGUCAUGGCCAGGCAUCUCGCAACUUCCCGAGUACAAGGGCAACUUCCCUGUCUACGCAACUCAAGACCUACGUCUCAUUCUUCCUCAAGUCGAUCAGGUCGGCCUCAACCUCCUCAAUAGCAUGCUUCAACUUCGGCCGGAAAUGCGGAUUUCGGCUGCAAAUGCUCUCCAACAUCCCUGGUUCAAUGAUUUACCGCAACGGCAGCAAGAACUUGCACAAUUUCAGGCGCAAGCGCAAGCACAGCAGGCACAACAGGCACAAAUGGGAGGCUACCAAGUUCCUCAGGGCGCCUACUAG